GUUUCUAAUCUUUUACCUGUCACAUGUUGCAAUGGGAACCUGCGGGACCCAUCACUCCCACCCACACGUGAAAAACCUGCAGAACAAUGUAAACAACUACGUAGCCCUGCCUGGUGCCUGUGAACCACUCAGAUUUUCCUUUCGAAACUGAACAGCUGUCUGUAUUGAGAUGAAAGCGCAACAGUCAUCUUCCGCAGUGGGAAAUCAACCGUCACGAGAAAGAAGGGAAGAAAUACGUCGAAGACAGAUUGCAGCGACCUCACUUUAGGCUCUGAAAGAACCUCCUCUGAGGAGAAGCUCAGGCAUGCGAAUUCGAGUGGUUCAGAUCUGGGGCUUCUUGAUGACGGUACUGGGAUGGAUCUUUGUGGCUUGCACCAUGGCCAUGGAGGGCUGGAAGAUCACCUCGAUCGGCGGCAUGGGAGGCUCCUCCAUCUUGAAGGUAGCCUGGUACUGGUCCAGUCUGUGGAGAUCUUGCUUUACGGAUUCAACAGCUGUUAGUAACUGUUACGACUUCCCCGUGCUUUGGUCCGUGGAGGGCUACAUCCAGAUCGUGCGCGGUCUGCUCAUGGGCGCUCUGUCCCUGGGCAUGCUGGGAUUUGUGCUCAGCCUGUUGGGCAUGGAGUGCACCUUCAUUGGGGGGAAAGACCAGUCGAAAUACAGGAAGAUCUACACUGGCGGUUGGUGCCACGUCAUCAGUGGUUUAUUGUCCACAAGUGGAUAUGCGGUUUAUGCACAAUAUGUCUCUGUAGAAUAUUUUAACCCGAACUUUAAUGGUCUUAAGUUUGACCUUGGCACUCCGUUGUUCCUGGGUUGGGUCGGUUCGGUCUUUCAAAUGGCCGGUGGUGUUUUCUAUCACUGGUCCGUGUGCAGGUUGCUCUGUGGACAAGACCAGAUGGUUCUAAUCCAACAAGUGCUGGAUGUGGAAAAAGACCCCAGAACCAAGUUCACCAAGUCCACCACGGAGCUGUCCUCUGUGUCUGGAAUCACCUCCAAGACCAAACUGUCGUCCGUAUCCGAGCUCUCAUCGGAGCGUUCCAACUUGUCCACCAUCUCCUCGGGAUUAACAUCUGGAAGCUCAGCAGAGUCAGAGCGGAGGCCCAACACGAGGCAAACGACCUCUUCUGGUUCAGUGUCAGCUUCAGGAUCUGGGCUCUCGUCCAGGUACAACGCAUCAACAAUGUCAGGAUCGGGCAGCAGCCGAGGCAGCAGUCGCGUGUCAUCUGUGCCCGGCGGCUCGAGGAAUCAGGCGGCAUCUUUUCUAAAGAACUCCUACAUUUGA